ACCAAAAAACGCUCUUCGGACAGCCGCUAUGGGACCAAUAUAUUUACAGGAAUAAAUCAUGCAUUACAGGUCGCAAAUAUUCGAGGGAAAAAAACAUACCGUCAAAAUAGAUCAUUUGGAAGUGUUAUAGUUUUUAAUGGUACGCUCACGGACAGAGGGUUUGACAUGUGGCCAGUCUCUGUUAAAAAACUUUGCGCUUUUUGUUUCUGCGCGUGUGCGUUUGUGUUUUUAAUCAUGACAUUUCAGGUUAUCGAACAGCUAGGACAGUUUGAGCAGAACACACUCAGACAGCAGGGAACACACGUACAGUACCCUGUCAUUGUGUGGUGGUCUCCUCUGACUGGAGAACUGGGACGUCUCGGAGAGUGUGGCCAUAACAGAUGUUUCUUCACUGUUAACAAGUCUUAUCAUUCCCAUCCACAGACAAAAGCUUUUCUUUUUUAUGGCACGGAUUUCAGCAUUGAAAGUCUUCCUCUUCCGCGUCACGAGCAGCACCAGUGGGCGUUGUUUCACGAGGAGUCGCCCAAGAAUAACUACAAGCUUUUUCACGAGCCGCUCAUUACCCUGUUCAACCACACGGCGACCUUCAGCCGCCGCUCUCACCUGCCCCUCACCACGCAGCACCUGGAGGCCCUCAGCGCUCUCAGCUCACAAACACACCUGCUGCCUCUGUCCUACAAAAACCAGCUGAGGAGGACUCUGGCGCCGGUGGCGUACGUCCAGUCGGACUGCGACCCACCGUCUGACAGAGAUGUUUACAUUCAAGAGCUGAUGAAACACAUUCAGGUGGACUCAUACGGACAGUGUCUUCAUAAUAAAGACCUGCCGCCCCAUCUGAGAGACUCCACUGCGAUGGACGAUCACGAUUUCUACCAGAUCCUUGCCCAGUACAAGUUCAUCCUGGCCUUUGAGAACGCCGUCUGUGAUGACUAUAUCACUGAGAAACUGUGGAGGCCGCUCAAAUUAGGCGUUGUGCCGGUGUACUACGGAGCUCCUAACGUACGCAUGUGGUUACCAGAUAACAGGAGCGCAGUUGUGGUCAAUCCCAAUGAGCCGCCGAAGAAGCUCGCUCAGUAUUUAAAGAGGUUGGACGAGAAUGACGGGGAAUAUCUGAAAUAUCUGGAGUGGAAGCAGAAGCGGGAAAUAUCUAAUGUGAAUCUGGUGACAGAGCUGAAGGAGCGACCGUGGGGUGUUCAGGAUCUUGGUCAAGAUAGCUUCAUUGAUGCCUUCGAGUGCAUGGUGUGCAACAGAGUCUGGGAGAAUACCCACCGGCGGGAAAAGAAACUGCCGUCUAAAGUCUGGCGAGCUGAAGAAAGCCACCUCACAUGCCCGCCUCCAGAGCUGUUUGAGUUUGCUGUGAGCCCCAGCUCGUCUCUUCGGCAGAUAUGGAGAGCCAGUUAUGAGCAGUCCAGAAGAGAAGCCCGAGCGCUGGGACUGAUGCUUCGCAGGAACACAAACUUUACCGUAACGCAGUUCUGGAGAGAAGUGUUUACUGACUGAAGGAAACAGAUAACUGAAAUGCAGUUAUUGUGUUAAGUGGAUGGUAAACCUGUGGGCUGCAUUUCAGGAGGAAAAACAACUUCAAGGUGAUGUGUAAUUCAAAGGGCUAUUUUCAUGUUAUGUGGAAAGUUACGUCAUGCAUUGCAUUAUAUUUAACAUACAUAAUCUUUAUGUGGAUGUGACAUUUUCUCUUAAAUAGUUGAUGCAAUGCUCAGGAUAUGCAUUAACCGUGUGUGUUUUUAUCAUAUAUAGCCUAAUAUCUAGCCUUAAUAUUCAAAGGUCACACUGGACAAUAAGGUCCCUUGAGUUCAUGUUACUUAAUGCGUUAACAGUGAUGAUUUGUUACAGUAUAUUUGUUACAAUAUUUUUAAAUCUUUAACGUUAGUUAAUAAAAACAAAAACAACUAUUCAUUGAAUAAUAUUAAAUAAUAUUAACAGGUACAGUUUUUGUUCGUUCAUUGUUCAUGAUAAUAUGUAUAGUCGACUAAUGUUAACAUAUGGGAUAUAUGUAAUUUAAGUGUUUACCGAAAAGAUCUACAGCUGGGGUUUCAAGAGCAGGACUGGACACCCCUUGGUCCUUUCUUACUGUAAACACACUAAAAUGCACCUUUUGCACUUUAUGGUUAUGAUUUUAUGCCAUUUAUUUUAAGUAAAUUCUAAUUAUUAAUAAAGAA